UUUAAUCACACACAAAUACACAAAUAUAUAUAAUAAAUAAUAAUGGAAAAUAUUGUUCAAAAAGAUUUAGAUUUACCAGUUUUAAGAAAUGAAGUCAGUAAUACAAAAGGAUUAGCACAUCCAGUUCAAGCUAUUCAAUUAGAUCAAGGUAAAACAGAUGAAAAAUUAAAAUAUUUUGCUAUGAAAAACGUUUUUGGUUCACAUAUGACUCUUAAUAAUGAAAUUGAAAAACAAAUUUAUUCACAAUAUAAAAGAUUACCAACUUUACCAAGUUCAAUGAUUGCUUUAGAAACUCAUUUAGGUUUAGAUGAAGAUUUUGAUUUUUCAGACUAUCUUUCAGAUCCAUUAUUAUCAGCCAUCCCAACUCCACAACUCCACCAAACUAUGGAACAAAAAUUAGGUAUUGCUAUGCCAAAGAACUUUAUGUAAACAAUAAUUAAUAAUAACACAAAUAAUAAUAAUAGUAAUAAUAAUAAUAAUGGUAACCAAGUUUUAAUAAACUUUAAUGUAUAUUUCUAUUAAAAAAAAAAAAAAAUUAAAAAAAAAUUAAAAAAAUUUAAUAAAUAAAUAUACACACGGUUUUGUAAUUGUUUGUUUUUAUUU